AUGUUGGAAGGGCUGCAGUACAGAUCCACCCUUGUGACCCACCAACGCAUUCACACAGGGGAGAGGCCCUAUGAGUGUCCCCAGUGUCAGAAGAGGUUUCAGAUCAGCUCCGAUCUCCUCAGGCACCAGCGGAUUCACACGGAUGAGAGGCCCUUCUGCUACCCUGACUAUGGGAAGGGCUUCAAGCGCAUCUCCCACCUCAUCAUCCACCAGCGCAUCCACACUGGGGAGAGGCCCUACGAGUGUCCCCUGUGUGGGAAGAGGUUUCAGACCAGCUCAAAUCUCCGUAUGCAUGAGUGGAGUCACACUGAGGAGAGGCCAUUCCACUGCCCUGACUGUGGGAAGGGCUUCAAGCACAACUUCACCCUCAUCAGGCACCGGUGCAUCCACACUGGGGAGAGGCCCUACGAGUGUUCCCAGUGUGGGAAGAGCUUCACCCAGAACUCUGACUUGACCAUGUACCAGCAGAGGCACCAGUAA